AUGGCAUUGGCAACAUUGCCCUCCGGUUCCUACUCCCUCAACAACGCAUCCCACGAAGACGAGUUGGAAAGAAAUGGCAUUGUUGUACUGGCCAAAGAUCGUUUUGUUGUUUUAGCAGCUCAAAAUGUCCGUCUCCAGCAUUGCAGUGACAUGCAUCAACAACGCCUCUCUGAAGGUGAUUCCAUCCGUCGCAAACUUGAUAUGAUCUUCAAGGCGGCUGUGGAGUCUCUUACCUGCCCGAUUCUGCUUGAACCAGUGAAGUGCCUCUGGAUACUGCCAGAAUGUGGUCAUGCCUUUUCGGCCCAAGCUCUCCACCAGCUUUUCCAGGAGGCGGUUCGACUUGAACUGAAUAGGGAUUUACAUGAUCAUAUCAAUGUUGAGCCUCAGCUUCGUGAAGAGGGUCAUACCCCUUACACCGCCGAGAUUUUCGCGCGGUUCAAAAAUCUGGCCACAUUCAACUUUACACCAUCUUACAAGUGUCCUCUUUGCCGGACCGUGGUAACUUCUGUCCCUAUUCGGUGCACACAGACGGUCAAUACCGCCUUAGGCAUCAUCAGCUUCAUUCGAGCCUAUACGCAAAAGGUGGUGACUAUUGAAAAUGGCUGUGGAUUAAUUGGAGUGGAUUGGGCGGAUUACUUCAUUUUCACCAUAUAA